AUGAAAGUCAGCCAGCUCUACGUCUACCCGAUCAAGUCUCUCCGACCAACGAGCCUCAAAGAAGGGGUCCUAACAAGCCUAGGGCUAGAAUAUGACCGCCAUUUCAUGCUGCUCAAAGUCACCUCGACCGAAGAUGGCCCUACCUUGAAGAACAUGCACGUCCCACACUUCCCCGAGAUGUCCCUCUUCCAAACCGACAUCGAGUACCCUACCUCGACCACAGCCGGGAAAGUCCUCGUCACGUACACCCCACCAGACUCCGAGUCCCGGCGUCUGGAAAUCCCACUUAAACCCAGCACCAAGAGCCUCAAUCCCCUGGCGAUCACUAUGCACCAGAGCCCUACGACGGGGUACGACAUGGGCGCCGUCUACAAUGACUGGUUCAGCGACUGUUUCGGAUACCCCGUUAUCCUGGCGUAUCUGGGUCCGCACAGCAGAGAAGUCCUGGGCACGCUUGGCCCCACCAGAACAUCUAUCCGUCAUCUCCGAGGGAAAUGGGAACUCAGUAUUUUGGGCCUGGUCGCUAUCCUAGUCACCGUUUUCAAUGGCUAUCGACAACUCCGGGCCGAAGUUGUCGGUGGCAUUCUCGUUGCCAGUAUCCUGGCUAUUGGGGGGUUGAAUUAUUUCCGGCCCGGAGAUAGAAUUACUUUUGCCGAUUGUGCACCUUACUUGGUUAUCUCUGAGACAUCUGUGAAUGAUGUCUCGGCCCGGUUGGGCGGGGAAGAGAUGGAUCGGACGAAAUUCCGACCUAAUAUUGUGGUUUCGGGUGCUGAGAAGGCUUUCGAGGAGGAUUUCUGGCGUGCGCUGCGAAUUGGACAGGCGAGGCUUUUGCUUACGGGGAAUUGUAUUCGGUGCCAGAGUUUAAAUGUGGAUUAUGGGACUGGGAAGAUGGGGGUUGGGGAGUCCGGGAGUGUGCUUAAGAAGUUGAUGAAGGAUCGUAGGGUUGAUCUUGGGGCGAGGUUUAGUCCUGUCUUUGGGAGGUAUUCUUUCUUGGAGCGGGGAUUGGGUGUUUGUCUUAGGAUUGGGGAUGAGGUUGAGGUUGCCGAGAGGGCAGAUACGAGGUCUAUUCUUGGUAUGUCUCUCUUUAGCCUCUUGGGCUUGCUAACGGUGAUUAGAUUGGCCUGGGUUGACGAAUUGAUUAUAAGGUUGGAAGGUUGGAAAGGUGAUACUCUAUACUCUAUACUCUACUCUACUAGUAUAUUACACCAUGGAUCAACCUUGGAAUAG